AUGGCUAAAUUUUAUGGGAAACUAAAAGGAUUAAUAACAUUAUCAGAAAGUAAACCAAUUUUACCAUUAAGAAAACAAAAAUGGAAUGAAAUUGUAUGUCUUUUACAAGGAAAAGAGAAAUGUAUACCAUAUUGGUAUUAUAUUAUUGUUUCUCAUGAGAAAAUCAAUGAUCUUAGAAGUAAACCCAUAGGUGAAACAAUUGAUUAUACAACAUUUGGUUGUGUUAUUCAAUAUAAAAAUGAUCGAAAUGAAAUUGUUUCUAUGUCUGGAUGGGGAACAGAUCCACCUCGAUCAUUAAAAUUAUGGUUUAAUAAACAUUUUAAUGAUGAUAGUAUUGAUGAAAAUACGCAAUGUAAUUAUGAUUGUGAUGAUAUUCGAUUAUGUACAAUCCAACGAAUUGUAUUUAAUCAAUUAAUUGGAAUAAAACGAUUUUAUCAUAAACAAGAUGAUUUUCAUUAUUUAAUCUUAUCAGAUAAAAGUGAUGAAUUAAGUCUUGCUUAUCGAUCAGGUAUUAAAAAUUUUGAUAGAUUUAUUUAUUUAAAUGGAAUUAAUAUUGAACAUGAAACAUUGGAUGAAAUAACACAACGUUUUAAUAAUCAAUUAAAUCUUCCUCUUCAAAUACUUGUUUGUAGUCCAGCAACAUAUCAUUAUUAUAAAACAAAUAAUAUACAUUUACAUUCUCAUCUUCCAACAGUUCAACAUUUAAAACCUGUUUUUGAUAUAUCAUUAACAAAAGAGAAUCCAACAAUAUCAACUAAGUCGUUUCUUAACGAAAUAUUUUAUGUUGUUCAAUUAGAAACUAAUAAUAUGAUUUCUAUCGUAUGUCAAUCAUCGAUUUUUAAAUCACCUGAAUUUAUUCAUAUAAAUGAUAUUUGUUUUAUUGAAAUAGAAAAUUGUUAUCAAAGAGGACAAAUCAAAUAUAAAGGUUUACAAGAUCAAUGUGAAAAUUUUCUUAAACAAUUAUCUAAUAAUACAAUCAAUGAAUAUACUCAUGAUUGUACAUCGCAAGAUAAUAUAUUAUUAUCCCAAACGAAUACAUUAUCAAAUAAAAUCAUUCCAAAUAAUAAAAGUGAAUUAGAAGAUUUGCCAAAUGAAUUAUUGUUUGAUAUAUUUAAUUAUUUAACAAUAGAAGAUUUAGAUCAUGCAUUUAAUAAUCUUAAUUCUCGAUUUAAUAAUUUGUUAUUAUCAAUUUAUAAUAUGUUAUUUAUUUUUGAUGACAAUCCAAAUUUCUUCUUAAUUAAAUCUUAUGGGUUUAAAAUAGCUCAUUUAAUUAUUGAUACUUCAAAUGAAUGUAAUUUGAAAGAAUUUUCAAAUUUAAAUUCGUUAAUAUUAUAUAAUCGAGAUCUGAAUCAUAUUAAACAGAUAUGUCCACAAAUGUUACCUAAUCUUGUAAAUUUAUCAUUUUUAUUAGAAUCAGAUUUUCAGCUACCAAUUCAAUUAAUAAAUGGUAUAUUUUCAAAUAAAUUUCCAUGUCUUCGUUAUGUUAAUUUAGGUUUGAUAGAUAAACCUUAUUCGAAUUCAUGGUUAAUAUCUCCUUCAAUAAAAUAUGUAUCAAUACGUUGUAAGAAUUCAAUGAUUAUUUCAGAUAUUCUUUUAUCAUGUCCAAAUCUUAAUCAUUUCCAAUUAAAUAUUUUAUGUAAUUCGGAUAGAAAUAAUAUUAAUUUAUCUUCAAUAUUUAUUCAUUCACUUAAACGAUUUACUUUAUGGAGUGAUGAAAUAGAAUUAUCAUAUGAUCUUAUUGAUAAUCUUCUUUCUUAUAUUCCAAAUAUUCAACGUUUAUAUUUACAAACAAAAUGUCAAAUAUCAUUUAUUGAUUUAGCUCAAAAUCUUAUUAAUCGUUUACAUUAUUUAUCACAUUUUAGUUGUUUUAUUACAGAAUUAAUAAUGAAAAAUCAUAGAAUUGAUAGUUUAAAUAAUAUUCACAAAAUAUCUUCAUGUUUUAAUCGAAUUCAAUGUAUUGAAGAAAAUGAAAAUUUUAGAAUUUUUGCAACUGAUUAA